GAAUUAGAGAGCGUUUAAAGGAAGUACAUCAAAAAGAGCCAACUAACAUAACGAAGAAAAAUGUGUAAAUUUCAAUCCGUCGUCCUACUCGCUUCCAUCCUUUUGCUGGCCACUACUGAUGCCCGUCCGAGUCUGAAAUAUCUGCCAGCUGUAGCAGAGCAUGUGGAAUAUACGCCGACUGUUGUCGGACACACAGUACACUCACUGCCCACCGCAGUUUCGCAUCAGAGUCAAACCAUUGUACACGAGAAACGUCCCUACCUGCGACCCAUAGUAGAGCACACGCCGAUUAUUAAAACUUACACACCCAUUGUGAAGGCAUAUUCGCCCAUCAUCAAAGCGUAUACACCCAGCACAAGUGUCGCUUGGCCUGCUGUUUCGUAUGCAUCUGUGUACCCGUCAGCUUAUGAAGGUUUGUAUGAUGGUUGGAAUUCGCCCAGUGUAAAGAGUGCCUAUGGUGGAUGGAGUUCUGGUUGGAAGCCGAGUGCAGGCUAUGAGGAUUGGAAUGCGUGGGCGUUGAAAAAGUGA